AUGAGCUCCGCACUGCCUUACGACUCGCUGUCGGCUCGACCGAGUCCCAGCAGACGAGCUCUGGACUGGGAGCGUGAGCAGCUGGCCGUGAGGCGACUCUCCUCUCCGCUGGCCGUCAAUCUGCUCUCCCCUCCCGCGCUUCCUCGCCGACCCUCUGCCAUCCCUGGUUACCUGCUGUCCCCCUGCAGCGAGCAAGAGGACCAGCUCCGGCAUCAGCUGCAGCGCCUGUCCCUGUCGGUGUGCUCGGAGGCCUCGCUGGCUCCCCCUGCCCCUCCACCAGUGGGGGCCGCCCCACCCUGCUGCCGCCCAGUGGGGGUCAUGCACCUGCUCCGCCUGGCUCUCCUGGCCUUCAGCUGCCUCUUCUGGGCGGCCGGCUUGGCCCUCUUCACCCUGGGCGUGUGGGCUCAGAUCUCCCUGGCGGACUACAUGACCCUGUCCGCCAACCGCUACCCCAACGCACCGCUCAUCCUGCUGUCCACAGGGGCAGCGGUCACCGCCUGGGGCUUCCUGGGUUGCCUCGGCGUGGCCGCCAAUCUGCCCUGCGUGCUGAGGGCCUACGGGUUCUUCCAGCUGGCUGCUCUGGUGGCCGGCUUGGCAGCUGGGCUCUCAGGCCUCUUCUACCGCGAGGACAUUGCCGGGGGAUUUCGCAGCGGCCUGCAGCGGGCGGUUGCGGGCUACACGGAGGACGAAGGCCGAGCCGACGCCCUGGACAGCCUGCAGAGGGCCCUGGAGUGCUGCGGGGCCGAGGGCUGGCGCGACUGGCUCACCUCGGACUGGGCAAUGCAGCACAUGAGCUUCAUUCCGGCGGAGAACGGCACCUCGGUCUCCCUCCCCGACAGCUGCUGCGUGAGGCGGAAGGGCUGCCGGAACCGGCCUCUUCUGUCCGACGACAGCGACGGCGUGGCCGCCGCAGGGAUCCACCCACACGGCUGCUUCCGCAAAGUCUUCAGCUUGGUCAACGACAACGUUUUCCACAUUGCUGCCACGGUGCUGGGGCUGGCCUUCACACAGAUUGGAGGCAUCGCCCUCGCUUGUCUGCUGGCGAACAAACUGGCACCCAGACAGCACCGACGCGUGGUGGCUCAUUAA